AUGGUCGGCAAGAGAGACCCCAAAGGCAAAAUCCCGAUGAGGCGUGUGUCGAUCGCCCCGGAGGGCGAUUACAGUCCGCCUCCGUCGCCUGGCCCUAGCAAUUUCGGUCGCAAAUCUUCGCAGGGAAGCCCAGUGCCGUCUCACAUUUCGUUCGCUUCGCAAUCUCGAUCCCGUCUGGAUCCCAGCAGCAAUCAACCGGCUGUAUCGGUUCCGUCUACUUCAGCGACCUCUGCUCCGGCCACUGCGCCUGCUUCAGCACCAGCUGCAACCUCUGCAGCACAGAUUCCCGCGAAUCGCUUCAGCGCUGUUUAUGACCAGACGUCUCAGCCCUAUGGCAAUUACUGGCGGCCUGUGAUCCAUUCUCAAGGAGUCUUUGGCGCACCAUUCACCCAGUUUGGCGUAGCGGCGCAGCAGCCCCCGACACCUUCACCGGUCAACCCUCCGGACGAAUUGGGCCCCCCUCCGCCACCACCGCCGCCUCCGGCCAUUCCGCCGGUCAUCAACCCCCACGGUGUUCACUUCCAGCCUCAGGUGCCCGGUACAGAGCUAGGCCCUAUGAUCCAUCGCUAUGUGCCUCGCCACGAUCCUUAUGGUGCGGCGGGUUCGAUUUUCCCAGGUCUACAGUUGCCCACUUACAUGGCCAACGGUGCCACGAUGCCUAUGCAGUCGCUGUCAAUCGGUGUGGCUUCCGCCACGGCUCCCAUGAAUCCGAUCGUGGUGCAACAGCCAGGCUUUGGCCCGAUGAUGAUGCAGAACCACUCUAUACAGGGCGGAGUGCCGCUCAUGCUCCCGACCCCUACUCAGGGCUUCCCGAUGACAGGUAUUCCUUCUCUAACUGGCGUUCCGACCCAACCGCCUGUCCAUGUCGAACCUGCAAUGGGUGUUGGCUUGACGCCCAACGAGACGAUUGCACAGAAUAUGCGGAUUGCACAGAAUAACCAAGCGUACGAGCCGCAGGAUUUCAAACCCGCUGAUCCGAACCCAUACCGUAUGUACUGGUUUCGCGAGUUGGACGGCCACUGGGCGCUGUUUCAUCGCCGCCAAAUCGAUCGGCUCGAUGUCCGCUGGUACCGCACCGACGACGGCGUCUUUUAUGCCAUUCGUCUUUCGGAAUAA